AUUGUCUUUUUUUCUCUCGGAGUGUUUGGAUUGUUUCAUUCCAUUUAACUAUUUUUGCAGCAUAUUCCGAGUGUUAUAGUUGAAAGAGUGGUAGAUUAGAGAAGGAGGAAUGGCUCAGACAUCUGGAUGCAGCUCUGGAGAUGGUAGAUGGUCUCUCAAGGGAAUGACUGCUCUCAUAACUGGUGGAACUAAAGGAAUUGGGCAUGCAAUUGUGGAAGAACUGGCUGGACUAGGAGCAACCAUACACACAUGUUCUAGAAAAGAAACCGAGCUCAAUGAAUGCUUGAAGGAUUGGAAAGCUAAAGGUUUUGGAGUGAGUGGUUCAGUGUGUGAUGUAUCCUCUCGGGCCCAAAGGGAGAAGCUAAUGCAGACUACCUCUUCUGUGUUCAAUGGGAAGUUGAAUAUCCUUGUAAGUUCCCCUAGCCUGUAAAGUUCCAACCUGUGAUCUUACACAUAAUUUGUUGAACUUAUUACAAUUGAGUUCCCCUGCUUGAAUUUUUGUUGGAUUCAAAUCAACAAUGCUGCUAUAAGUAUUCAGAAACCAACAGUAGAGGUCACAGCUGAAGAGUUCUCAACAAUCAUGGCCACAAAUUUUGAAUCUGUGUAUCAUCUGUCCCAAAUCGCACACCCCCUUUUAAAGGCAUCAGGAACCGGAAGCAUUGUAUUCAUCUCCUCUGUUUCCGGCAUAGUGGCACACAAGAAUAUCUCUGCUUAUUCAGUAACCAAAGGUAUUUCAUCACAUGAUCCAUGGUAUAUUCCAAGUGCUAGGAGUAAAUUCCUAUUUACAAGAGCAAUACUGAACAAGAGAAACAUAUAGAAUUUAUAGCGGUUCUCUUCUAAUGCUGUAGCUCCUUGGUACAUCAAAACUCCAAUGGUGGAGCCGAUGCUCACUAACCAAGCCUUUCUGGAAGAGGUGAUAAAUCGAGCUCCACUUCGUCGUGUGGGAGAUCCAAAGGAGGUGUCAUCUUUGGUAGCAUUCCUCUGCCUACCGGCAUCAUCUUACAUUACUGGACAGAUUAUUUGUGUUGAUGGUGGCAUGACUGUUAAUGGUUUUGAGUCAAACCUGCUCUAGGAACAUCAUAUGUGAUGGUAUUAUAGCCCUAAUUUUGCUGGCAUGUAUGGAGACUCUUUCAAACAUCUUAGCUUCCUCUACUGCUUCCAUGCCUGGAUCCUUUCUUUUUCCUGAAUAAUCUGCUUGUCAUGUCAAAUCUUCAGUUUUUUUGGUGUGGGGUUCCCUUGAAAACCUUGCUGCAUGAUGCUUAUAAUAAUGUUUGGAAAGUUUGCUAA